AUGAUAAAAAAAGGCUUACUGAGCGAGGAUGACAGCGGUACCGACCUGGGCGCAUUGGAGAAGAAAUUGACAGAGAAAUCACGUCAGACCUCGACUGUUGCAACCAGUCCCAUUUCUCCUUCACAGGCAACGUCAGGGCAGGAUGGCACAGCUUCAACACCUCAGAGUGCUCUCACAUCGCCCGAUCCCACCAAGGACAAGGACAAGGACAAAGACAAGGACGAGAAACGCAAAUCCAUGACGCCCGGGGAUGAGAGAGCCGGUGACGGAGAAGAAGAGGUUGAAGCCCUUUCAGAAAUGAUGUGUUCUCUUGUUACCAAUCAAUGUGGCGAAACCCGAUACAUUGGCUCGUCUUCGGGCUUUUCCAUCUUCUCACCAAAGGGUAUUCAGUGGGUCAACGGGCGUACUGGGGACGAUUCAUUUGCCAAGAUGAUAUCUGAGGUAUCAGUGGAUGAUCACAAAUGGACAAAUUGGAAGCCUGAAGUUUUCGGUGACCUGUUUCAGCGACGGGUAUUCAGGCCGCUACCGCCGAAAAAUGAAGCAAUGUCCCUUCUACAGGACUAUUUCGAGAACUUCAACUGCAUGUUUCCCCUAUUCCACCAACCGACUUUCAUGCAUUUAGUUGAGAGACAAUACUCGUCUGAUCCAUAUGAAGGCUCCGGAUGGUGGGCAAGCUUGAAUUGUGCACUAGCCAUCGCGCAUCGCCUACGGGUCAUGAGCAACCUGGUGCCGCAGGAGGAGGAUGAGAAAGCUUGGGCGUAUCUGAAAAACGCCAUGGCAGUGUUUUCAGAGCUAACUAUGCGGAACACCGAUUUACUAAGUGUGCAGGCUCUACUCGGCAUGGCGUUGUUCAUGCAAGGAACACCGAAUCCUCAGCCGACCUCUCUCUUGAUUGCUGCCGCCAUUAGGCUUUCGCACAGUAUCGGACUUCAUAAACGUGGAACGGGAUUCAACUUAAACCCCAUCGAAAUCGAACAACGAAAGAGAGUGUUUUGGAUUGCAUACAUGCUAGACAAGGACCUAUGCCUUCGAUCUGGACGGCCAGCUGCACAAGAUGAUGACGAUAUGAAUGUGGAGCUACCGGACGCUAACCCCGCCGACAACAUUGGAAACAUCCCUCUGGCGGACGGAAAGGGCAAAAUGAACCUCUUCCGUGUCAUUUGUGAAUUUACUGUCAUUGAAAGCAAUGUUUACAAGCGGCUGUACUCGACAAAGGCAACGAAACAAUCCGAUGGAGAGCUUUUAAAUACCAUCGGUGAACUGGACCAGGAACUGGAAGAAUGGAAAGACAGAAUUCCCGUUGACUUCCGACCGGAACAUGAGAUAAAGGCGUCCCAUACACCAUUGAUAUUGCAUGUUGUCAUGCUUCAUUUCACAUACUACAAUUGUUUGACGACUAUUCAUCGCUUGAAUUCGAGGCCGCUGAAUCCAAGGGUUUUCUCUUCUGCUCAACUGUGCACAGCAGCCGCUCGAGCCUCUAUCUCUCUGCUGAAAUAUGUCCCGCAAGGUGACUUUUCAUGCGUUUGGCUCAUUCUUUAUUUUCCCGUGUCAGCACUCAUGACCUUGUUUAGCAACAUUCUUCAAAAUCCCCUUGACCCUCGUGCCAAGUCCGAUACGAAGUUGAUGGACCUUGUUGUUACAUUCUUGUCGAUGUUGGGCCAGGAGGCUGAACAAGGAGGCGUGCACCGCAUGCUCGGCAUAUGCUCCGAAUUCGUACGUAUUUCCAAAGUGGUGAUUGAAAGGGCAGAAAAGGAGCAAUCUUCUAGGCGAAAGCGCAAGAACGUAGACUCGGGAUCGAAAAACAGCACUGCAACAAAUACUUCCAGCAAGCCAUCUGUACAGACUACACCGGGCGAGACAGCAUCCUCAGAAACGCCCAGGCCUACCACCGCGACAAUAUCCACGCCAAUGCCACGCAAUCUCUCCGUUUCUUCUGCCUCCAGAGAUGCGCUGGCAAGUCUCGCAUCAACCAGUCCAGCAGACAGAAGAGGUUCGUUUGAUCCUUCAGCAGUCAUGUCGAUGAAUAGUCAAUCUCCCUCUGGUGGCUCAACAAGCUGGCAGCAGGAGUUGCAACCUCCUCAAAAUGGAGACUUUGACUCAUACAACAACAUGAAUGCCUUUGGUGCCAUCGGUGUGUCCCCGCCUCCUAUACCACUGACGGCUCGGCCUUUUGCGCAACCCCUGCUCCCACAAGACUUGUUCGGUCUUCCAGCGACGUUGGAUUGGAGCUGGGCCGAAAUGAGCGGCGGUGCCUACCCGUCAGUUGAGAAUGGGAACUAUGGUAGCGAGCAACCAGAUCUGUCCACAACCGGCCGAUAG